AUGGCUAGUUCAGUACCAUCUUGGGCGCAAAAUGCGAUGGUUUACGGAUCGAAUGAUUCGUUUUUAAUACUCGACAUAUUUCCGAAAGAGGAAGCAGAUGAUCUUUUCUACGGUUUACAAAAGGAAGUUGAAUGGAAUACGAUGAGACAAAGAGGUAAACGUGUGCCGCGUGAUAUUUCCAUUCAAGGAACAAUAACUAUCGAAGAUGGAGAUGAGUACGAACCACUCUAUCGUCAUCCAGCGGACGAACAACCUGAACUUGUUCCCUGGACACCUACAGCACUAAAAAUCAAACAGAGAAUUGAGGAAGUCAUUAAUCAAAAACUUAAUCAUGCAUUAAUACAAUGCUACCAUAAUGGAAAAGAUAAUAUUGGUGAACAUUCCGAUAAAACGUUAGAUAUCCUGCUCGACUCGAACAUUGUAAAUUAUAGUUUAGGUGCGGCGCGUACAAUGACAUUAAUCCAUAAACGUCAACGGGGUCUUCGACAAGAUUUUAAACUACCACACAAUUCCCUAUUUGUUUUGGGUUGGCAAACCAAUCGUGAAUGGCAGCAUUGCAUUCGUCCUGAUAAACGUCCGAAUGAUGUCAAAGAUCCCGACGAACUUGCUUUCUACGGCGAACGAAUCUCGUUAACUUUGCGAAGCGUAGCAACGUUUCUAAAUCGUCGAACUAGUCGCAUUUAUGGUCAAGGUGCACGAUUUAAAACGCUCAAUGAACAUUUUGAAGAUGACGAAUACAAUGACGAUGAACUCGACAUGGUCCGUGCAUUUAGUUCAGAAAAUUAUCAAUCGUCCGAAUUCGAUUGGCAUGCAGCGUACGGUCAAGGCUUCAGUGCACUAAAUUUCAAAGUUUUGAAUUCAAAACAGAAAAGAUAG